AAUAUUUUGAAAAUCUAUAUUUUGGACGAAAACAAAUUUGUAGUUUUUUACUGAUCUAGAAAGCUUCAAAUGACACAAUCUAUUGUAGUUCAAGGUAGAUUAGUAAGAAAUUGUUUAAUUUAUUUUGAUUCCCAAAAAUUACGGUUUUUAAUGCCUUAUUUUUUUUUGUAAUUUUUUAUAGUUGGGCAAUGUGGCAAUCAGGUAGUGUUACCAUACAUAAAAAGUUGUACUUUUUUGUCCAAAUAUAACUCGGUUAAACGCAUUAUCAAUAUAUCACUUUUGUACAUUAGAUAGGGUGUCGUUUUUGGGAUCUGGCUUUGCGAGAGCAUGCAAGUAUAAAUAAGGUAGUGUCAUCACCAUUAUACGUAUAUUUCUUGCCAAAAACUAUAAAUGUCUAUAAAACAGGUCGAUCAAUAUCUCAUCUUUAUUUAGUCUGGGAGAUACGAUGAAUCUCUGAGCAGCUUCUUUAGAAAUGUAGACACCAGGUGGGCUAUUAUAUUUGCAUCAUGCCAGCUUAUACAUUUAGUCCAAUAAUUUCAAUAUUUCAAUUAAUCAAGGUAUGAGGAUCCCAAAGACAUACCUGUCGGAGAUGGGAAAGGGAAGAUUAGAAGCCUCAAAGCUAGAGUAAGUGCACGUGGACAAGAUGUUUUGAUUCCUGGGUUCAAUUCCUGUAAUAUACAGUCUUCUGGUUAUCAUUUCACCAUAGUUCCAAGAAAUACUUCCAGUUUGUUUCAAUCUACGAUUAUGGCAAACAAAAUUAAGGUUGUCUCCUGGUUACCCACUGGACAAAUAAGGGAUGACUCAAGCCCUGUUUACACUACACUCAAGUUUUGGUACGGCGCGGGUAAAAUUGGUUGCCGUACCACUUUUUUGGUUCUUGGACUACCUAUUUAGCUAAGCCUGUUUACACUACGCUCAAUUUUUGGUACCGUACCACUUUUUGGACUACCUAAAUAGGUAGUCCAAGAACCAAUAAAGUGGUACAGGUACCAAUUUUAUCUCUGCCAUACCAAAAAUUGUGCGUAGUUUUGACGGGGCUUCAAUCUUCCUGGACUCUGGGGUCAGAACAGCUUAACAGAACAUGAUAGAGCUAGAUCCAGUAUAAAUAAAUACUGUUUGAUAACUAUAUAAUUCUUGCCCAGGCUGUGUUGAUUGACAUGGAGGAAGGAGUGGUCAAUGAAACGCUAAAUGGACCACUACAAGAUAUCUUCGAUUGCAAACAACUUAUCACUGACGUCUCUGGAUGUGGAAAUAAUUGGUACACAGUCGAUCCUCUGUUAAGUAGUGGACAUCCUAUCCACAGACAUCUUUAUUAAUAAGUGCAGACAUAUAUGGAAGUUCCGAAGCAACAGUUAUAUCUUAUUCCUUUAUUUUUCUGGUAAUUUGGGAAAUUGUCACCAUUUUAUUUUAGGGCAACUGGUUAUAUGAUGUAUGGCAGUCAAUAUCAUGAUACAAUUUUAGAGACGAUACGUCACGCUGUAGAGUUGUGCGAUUCCCUGCAGUGUUUCUUUCUGCUACAUUCUAUGGGAGGAGGUAACAUAUACUAAAGUAGCAUCAUCAUUCAACUUUAUUCAUACUGGAUUAAUUAUCAGUUGUAAACUGUUCUUAAUUGCGAGGCCAGUCAUGACCUGUAGUACUUUGUAGAGUCAAACUGGAAUGUGAAAUUAUAGUCAGCCUAAACUACACAAUGCAGGAAUCGGACCUCAAAGAUGAAAGGUACAUUCUGCUAACCCCCGCAGCACCAAUAAUUUAUUUCUGUCUUUAUCUUUUCUAGGUACUGGCUCGGGUGUAGGGACCAAUGUACUGGGUCUUUUGGAGGAAAACUACCCAGAUGUGUAUCGCUUUACUACGGCUGUUUAUCCGUCGGAUGACGACGAUGUGAUUACAUCACCAUAUAACAGGUGGGCCCAACGUCACAAAGCAAGAUAGGACACAGUCAAGACAAAAUUCGCCUUGAAGAAUGUCUGUAUUAAUUAAUAAGACUUCCUCUCAAUGUGCUUUUUGUUAAGAAACUGUUGCAACAUGACCUUGUAUUAAAUUGUUCUUGUAAUAUGCUCUAUCUGUCAGUCUUUCAAUGGGUGAAUGAUUUCCUUUGCUUUUACUUUUCUUCAGUGUUCUUGCAAUGCAUCAAUUGACAGAGAAAGCAGACUGUGUGCUACCCAUUGAAAAUCAGGUGAAUAGGAUUGAUCAGCAUAGAUAUUUGCUGCACAGUAUAAACUAUGGUUUUUAAUCCAUUAAUGCUCAACAUUUUUGCUUGACAAGUAAAAUUAGCUGGCAUUUAGGGCCCAGUGUGAAAUAUAAAUUGGGCCAUAUUGCCAUUUUAACAAGAGACAUAUGGCUAAUCUGGCAUGGUCUGUUGACCUAUUAAACUGCAAGAACUUUACCAUAACUAAGCAAGGUUAUUGGGGGUGCAUUGUGGCAUCACAUAUUAUAGUUAUUUUCAAAAUAACUUAACUGACAGUCUAUAUUUUACAGGCUCUGAUUGACAUAACAAACAAAAUCUACGAUGCCAUGCCUCCAAGUAGGCCAGGCAAGAAAGUCUACCCAAGCAAAGAGACGCAAGUCAAAGAGACCAGUGCAAUCACAUCGAGUGAAAAAGGAGCAACCAAACCAUCCCAGGAAAAACCAUUUGAUCACAUGAACAAUAUUGUUGCAAACCUACUGCUAAACAUGACAAGCUCGGCAAGGUUUGAAGGGUCUUUGAAUGUAGACCUGAAUGAAAUAACAAUGAACCUUGUACCAUUUCCAAAACUACAUUAUCUUGUGUCCAGCCUAACACCUCUGUAUUCUCUUAUCGACGUAAACCUUCCCGUUGGACGGCUAGAUCAAAUGUUCACCGAUGCUUUCUCCAAGGAUUACCAACUUAUAAAAGCUAAUCCGAAACAAAGCCUUUAUCUGGCGUGUGCGCUUAUAGUUCGUGGCAAAGCAGAGGUGUCUGACAUUAGACGAAAUAUAGAAAGACUCAAGCCUAAUCUCAAGUUUAUUAAUUGGAAUGAGGAAGGGUGGAAGACUGGCCUGUGUUCGGUUGCACCAGUUGGGCAACCUUAUUCGUUACUAUCGCUUGCAAACAACACUUGUAUCCAAAAUACUUUCCAUAAUUUAAAGCAACGUUUUAUGAAGUUGUACAGAAGGAAGGCACAUAUUCAUCAUUAUAACAAUGUGGAUGGUUUCGAACCGUUUAUUUUUGACGACAGUUUAGAAUCGCUUAAUUAUUUAAUUAACGAAUAUGAAAUGCUGAACAGAACGAUUGGUCAGCCCGUAGAAUACCCGACACGGUUGUCAAUUUUGUAGAAAAUAAAGGAAAAUAAUUUAUUAUAAUGAAGACAACAAUUCAAACAGUUUUUCUGAAAUUUAUUUAUUCUCACAUACAACGUAUUUCAUGCAAAGGCUUACAUUAAUUCUGUUGCCUUCCCUGUUAUUUUUAAUAUGUGCAUGUAUUUUAUGAGUUACAACUGUUGGUAUUAUUGCGUAUUGGCGAAGUUAAAUAAAUAAAUAUUAAAUAAACACAUGAGCUUGCCACAAUCGUCUUCAGUCAUCGAAUAAUAGCCCUACAAGAAAAUAAAGCACAGCUCAAUUUCAGGGUGCGAUAAUUA